AUGAUGCUUGGGGCGAGGCGGAAAAUUAAGGAAGAGUCGGACAAUGUGUCCGUUGUGGGCUCGGGGGUACCCGGUCGGGAGGGUCGGGCGGCGACUGCCGUAGAAGAGCUGGAGGGCCACAUGGCGGGAGUUAAAUUGUCAGUCAGCAAGAUGGCAGAACUGGCGGGUUUUCCUUCACACCGCUCGAGAGCAGACGUCACGGCGACGGGGAUAUCGACGUCACCAGGUGCGGAAAUGGCGGGGCCUGCUUAUGUAAACAGAGAUGGCAGCGGCCUAUUGCCAUUAGCCACGGUAGCGGCUAAACUACCAAAGUUCAAUGGACAAGGUAAAUGGGAAGUUUUUUUCACUCAAUUCGAGUUGUUGGCUAGAGCCGGGAGGUGGUCUGACGAGACGAAAGCGUUACAGCUUGCCCUGAGCCUGACAGAGGAGGCGUCGGAAUGCCUGUUAACGCUAGCCCCGGACGAGAGGAGCGACUACGGUGCGCUAGUGGAGGCAUUGGGGGGUCGUUCCGGCAGCGACGCGCAGCCCAACAUGCUGCGGAUUGAACUGAGUAACAAAAAGAGACUUCAGGGGGAAUCAUUAAAGGCGUUGGCAAGUGGUAUUCUGACCCUGACCAGGCGGGCUUAUGCAACUAUGCCGAUUGGGGUGCAAGACGAGCUGGCACGGGACAGUUUUAUUAGAGCGCUCUCUUCCACCGAACUGGGUAAGCAUGUUCAGAUGGCGGACCCACCAUCUCUGCGGGCUGCAGUGGAGAUAGCCAGGAAGAGGGAGCUGAUCUGGGCCUGGCCACAUUCAGCGGGAGUGUGGCAGAUUCCCCCGUCACCAGGGAAACGACGGCGGGUUCUCGCGCAGGGGGCAGCGCGGACCCACCCCCCCGGCCCCAAACCCACUGUAAGCAAAAGAGGUACCCUGCAGCGCAGACAAGAGGGUGGGGACCUGCUCCCCCAGGGUGUAACUGCCACCGUGUUUCCUAAUCCGGUAGUUGUGGUGGGACGUACCACCGUUGGGGACUUCUGCAAUGUCAUCGUCAAGGUAGAGGGGGUGGAAUGUUUGGCCCUGGUCGACACGGGCUCUACAGUAACCCUGGUGAGACCAGACAUACUACCUGUUGGGGUGCGGGUGGAGCCGACCCUUGUCCAGCUACGGACUGUCACAGGGGAGCUAGCCCCCAUGUUAGGGAAGUUUCAGCUAUCUGUGACUGUGGGGGGGAGAACUGUGGGGUGUCUGGCGUGGGUAGCAGCGGUGCAGGACCCCUGUAUACUGGGAAUGGACUUUUUGAAAAACUGUGGGGCUCAGUUGGACUUAGCGUCGGGCACUUUGAGGCUGUCGGGGGGGCCCACAGUGGGAAUGUCGCCUUCGGGAGAGCCAGCAGGGGGCAGGGCUAUCCCUCCGUCUUCCUCCAAGCUUGCAGAAACUCCACCGGUCAUCCCGGCUGCUCCCUUGGUCGUUGUGCCAUUCCAGCAGCUGUCUCCGGCGGCGACGGCCUUCACUCCCCAUCAUGGUGCAAGCACAGGCAGCUCAGUAGCCCAAAACACACUGGCUCCUUCACCCCAUCAGCCCGACGGGGGGAAGGAGGAAGCUAUCGACGCCGUCGAGGCUGUGUGGCUGAAGAACUGUCAGGGUCUGGAUGACAGACAACAGAGACAGUUAAAGCAGCUGCUGUUGGACUUUAAAGAUAGCUUCGCUUGGAGGGAAGAUGAGGUAGGACAAACGCACCUAGUUCAGCACGAAAUAGACACUGGGGACGCCCGACCCAUUAAAAUUCGGCCCCGUCAUAUUCCCCUUGCCAGGAGGGAAGCAGCAGACACAGCUAUUGUUGACAUGUUGCGGGCUGAUUUCAUUGAGCCAUCAGAUAGCCCAUGGUCCGCGCCGGUCGUCAUGGUGCCUAAGAAAGGGGGUAAACUUAGGUUUUGUGUUGACUACAGGGGCCUAAAUUCUGUCACCACUAAAGACUCUUAUCCCCUACCGAGGAUUGAUGAGUCGCUAGACCACGUGAGAGGGUCCUCGUGGUUCUCCUCCCUUGAUCUGCGCAGUGGCUACUGGCAGGUGCCCCUCUCGCCAGGGGCAUGUGAAAAAACGGCCUUCUCCACAGAUAGGGGCCAUUGGCAGUUCAAGGUGCUGUGCUUCGGGCUCUGUAAUGCUCCUGCCACCUUUGAGAGGCUCAUGGACAGAGUGCUGGCGGGGGUUCCGAGAGACGAGUGUGCUGUGUACCUAGACGACAUAUUGGUGCACGGCACAUCGUUCGAGGGGGCACUGGGGGCACUUAAGCGAGUGUUGGAGAGGAUCUCGGGGGCGGGGCUAAAAUUACAUCCGGGAAAGUGCCAUUUCAUGCAAAGGGAGGUGGCGUUCCUGGGGCAUCAGCUGGGUGGUGAGGGCAUCAGCACGAUGCCAGACAAAGUAGAGGCUGUGAGGUGGCCAGUUCCAGGGGGAAAAAAAGAGGUUAAGAGCUUCCUGGGGCUGGCAUCCUACUAUCGUAGGUUUGUGAAGGGGUUUGCGGGGGUAGCGGCUCCGUUGAACCACCUUCUCAAGGAGGACACUGUUUUUCAGUGGACCGAAGAGCACCAGCGGGCGUUUGAGGCUCUCAAACGUGCCCUGAUGGAGGCCCCUGUCCUGGCCUCACCAGACCCGAACCGUCCGUUCAUCCUGGACACCGACGCAAGCAAUGAGGGUUUGGGGGCUGUGCUGGCUCAGCGUGGUCCUGAUGGGGAACACGUAGUAGCUUAUUACAGCAGGACUUUUGAUAAGGCUGAAAAACGCUACUGCGUGACAAGGAGAGAGCUUUUGGCUGUCGUGGCGGCAGUACGCCAUUUCAAGUACUACCUGGGGGGCCUGCCGUUUGUGGUCCGGACGGAUCACUCCGCCCUGCAGUGGCUUCUCUCCUUCAAGGAGCCAGAGGGUCAGAUUGCCCGCUGGCUGGAGGAGCUGCAACCCUACGACUUCCAGGUGGAGCACAGAGCCGGCCUUCGCCACAGCAAUGCAGACGCCUUGUCCCGCCGCCCGUGUGCUGAGGAUGGCUGUGGGUACUGCGCCAAACGAGUGGAGCGAGAGAGAGAACUGUGCAGGGAGGAGGGAGUCACCGCCACGGUGAGUCAGCUGAGUGUGACAGAGUGCCGGGAGCUUGAGGCUGUGGACGUUGGGGAGUGGAGGCGUUGCCAGUAGGAGGACGCAGAGCUGCGUCCUGUGCUGCGGUGGGUGGAAGAGAGAAGACGACCGCCGUGGGGGGAAGUAGCCCCUCUAUCACCAGUCACCAAGGGACUGUGGGCUAAAUUCACAGUCCUUAGAGUGGCUGAGGGAGUGCUCCAGAGGGGGUGGAAAAAGCCAGCGACUGGAGAAAUUACGUGGCAGGUAGUGGUGCCCAAAAGGCUGCAGGGGAGCGUGUUACAGCAGCUUCAUGGGGGAGUUGGCGCAGGGCAUUUUGGGGUCUCCAAAACGUUAAAGCGCAUGCGUAAAGGCUUCUAUUGGGCCAGGCACAGGAGGGAUGUUGAGGACUUUUGUAGGCAGUGCGACGAGUGUGCUGCUAAAAAAGGACCUCCAGGUCAGUCACACGCCCUCCUACAACAAUUCCCAGUAGGGGAGCCUAUGGAGAGACUGGGGGUAGACAUAGUGGGGCCGUUUCCAACCACAGACAGAGGUAACAGGUGGAUUCUAACCGCUAUGGACUACUUCACCAAGUGGCCGGAGGCUUACGCUCUCCCAGACCAGGAGGCAGAGACAGUAGUUGAUGCGUUGGUGGGGGGAAUAAUCAGUCGGUUUGGGGUGCCACAGUCUAUUCACAGCGACCAGGGGAGAAACUUCGAGUCACGGGUGUUCUCAGAGUUGUGUAGACGGUUAGGCGCGGAGAAGACGCGCACUACUCCGCUUCACCCCCAGAGUGAUGGGCUGGUGGAAAGAUUUAACAGAACGUUAGCACAGCAGCUGGCCAUCGUUACCUCAAAACACCAGAGAGAUUGGGACACCCACUUACCGUUUAUUCUUAUGGCAUGUAGGUCGGCUGUUCAAGAAUUGACUGCGUGCUCCCCAGCGCUACUAAUGUUAGGUCGUGAGUUGCGCACCCCAGCCGAACUGACGUUUGGCCACCCUCCUGAUAAUAACGACGGGGUUUUGCCUGGCCCGAACUAUGUGUGUCGUCUGCAGAACCGGUUAGAAGCGGCUCACACCUUCGCAAGAGAGCAACUCGAGAACGCAGGGGUGCACCAAAAGCGCCACUACGACUCGCGCGCUAGGGGGAGGCACUUUGGAGCGGGAGAAUGUGUGUGGCUUCACAACCCCACGCGCAAGAAGGGGCGGUGCCCAAAGCUGGACAGUGCAUGGGUGGGGCCGUGUCUGGUGAUAGAGAGAGUGGGGGAAGUGACGUACUGGGUGGAGGUCCCCCCACGGAGCAGGAAGGUGGUGGUCCACCGGGACCGAUUGGCACCCUACAGAGGGAGGAAAACGGUAGGAAAUGGGAGUUAGGUCUCUGAUGUGAGCCCACGGGAACAGUCUAACGAGGAGACUCUAGCGCAACCUGAGCCUGGGAUGGGGGCUGCUUCUUCGGAGGGCGCUGGAAAUGACAUUGGGGCAGAUGAGUGUUCUGGGGGUUCACCGGUGAGAGCCACGGGGAGGCCCAAGAGACUGAUGCGACCUCCGGGUCGUUUUAAGGAUUUUGUUGUGUAACCCUAGGGGCUAGGGUUUAGAAAGGGGGGGGGCUAUGUAACGACCCGGUAUUGUGUUCUGUGUUUGUGGGUGUGUUAUGGUUCUCAUGGCUACUAGCAGGGGUUAAAUAUGUCAGGACAGAGGGAAAGGUUGGGGGGGUAUGAUGGGUAAUCCCGCGGGAUUUGGAAAUGAUAAAUAGGGAUUACUGUCUCAUCUUCUCUCUCUUUCUGUUCGGGGCCUUGAUCUGUUCCUAUGGGAGUAAACAUUAAUUAGACUUGGUAUAAUUGUGUACAUUCGGCAUUUAGCGGCGUGGGCUGUGGCCUGAACAAUAGCUCAGUUUAGGAAUAAACCUGUGUUCUGACCUGCACACCUAGAGUCCGUCUCUUUUUCCUUUAUGACCCAGCCGGGUCAUUACAAUAUAUAUGUAUAUAUAUAUAUUUCAAAAAAUUCCUCUGGAUGAGAGUGUUUUGGCCAAUGAUUACUGGUAAAUUAAUGCAAUGUCCUCAACUGCUGCUAAGGACUUAUUUUGUUUGAGAUUUGCAUGAUUUGAAUUUUCUAACUUGGAGAUGACUAAAGUCAAACCUAAUAUAUCAAUCCUGUGGACAUUCAUUGCUAAAUGAACAUGUAGGAAACUGAUUUAAUGUACUGGUUAUCUGCGUUGCACCUGCAGAUUCAUGACUUUUCUUGACUUGUUCAGUUAUUGUCACGACUUCCACCGAAGGUGGCUCCUCUCCCUGUUCGGGCGGCGCUCGGCGGUCAUCGUCGCCGGUCUAUUAGCUGCCACCGAUCCUUUUUUCCUUUUCGUUUGGUUAUGUCUGUUUUGAUUGUUCACCUGUGUUUGUUUAGGUUGAUUAUUUUGGGUAUUUAUUCUCGCCCUACCCACUCUGUUUCGUGUGGGGUUGUUGGUGUUUCCAUGUCUGUUUUUGGGUGACGUUAGUUUGUUCAUUUUAUUUUCAUUCAGGUGUUUAUCGCUAGUGUUUUGUCCUAGUGGAUUUAAGGACUUAUUUUGUUCAGUACCUGUAUGUUUUGGAUGAACUUUAUUAAAUACGCUUUUCCAUGUAUUUACUUCUCUCCUGCGCCUGACUUCCACACCCACCACUCGUAGAGAGUAUUGACAGUUAUUACGAGUACACAUGGGUUUUUCCAGAAAAGGUUGAACAACUCUGAGUUCCUGUUUUAGUGCCAACAUUGCUGUCAAUGCUGUGGUCUGCUUUCACGUGACUGGAAACAGGUAUGGCGCAACCUCUCACAUUCACCACUCAGCAAUGAGGCCACUUCUGCAGGACCCUCAGCAGUUUUUGCCAUCAUUGACAGCAGUAUGGUUUUUGAUGUGGAUAUAUAUAUAUAUAUUUUUUUUUUACAAUUUCAUGAUGUUAGCCACAGUCUUCAGAGUGAACAAUGCAUUAUUUCUGAAGUUCCUCCUUUGCUCACCAAAGCCAGAGAAUGUAUAAAGAAGAUGUCGGUGCUCUAUUCUGUUCUGCAUUUGGCAAUGCUUCUGAGUCUCCACUCAGGUUUACAGAACCUAACUACACUGUCAAAUCCAACAGCAGUCAUUGUACACAAAGGAAAUUCAGUGACGAUCCACUGCACCCACAAUUUACCCAAUGACAUUGAAAUAUUUACAGGGGCUAUAAAAGGAACAGAGGAGCUGUGCUUUUCUCAGUUUAACAGACACGAGUGGCUGGUGUUGAAGAAAUGUAAAGAAAGAAUACAAAUUAAUUGGAAUAGUGAGACCAGAGAGAUCUUCUUUUCACUGAUGAAGCUACAGAUAAAUGAUUCUGGACUUUACUCUUGUGAAGUGAAAAGAGCUGCACCUCCACCUGCACAAGUUUUCUCAAACAACAUAACUAUUUGUGUAACAGGUUAAUGAUCUCUGAAAAUACUUGAUAGAACUACAAUCUACAUGUAAAACCAUUAUGACCCUGUGAUCACAUGAUAUGUGAAUGCUACUUGCCUCCAAAUUGAAAAUAAUUUGUCUACAGUUUAAACUCUUUGUUUACACUAUUAUUUCUGCAUCUGCAACUUUCUGUUUGUGCAUCCAGCCCCUCCUGCAGUGUCUGUGUCUGAUGUAAAGGAGUCCAGUAGUGGACUUCCCAUG